AUGCAGGCCCGCGGCUUCGUGCAGGCGCUGGUGGCGCUGGAGCAAGAGGCUGGCCUCAGCUACAGCGACGGGGACCUCCCGGUCGCCGCGGUGCUGGAGGCCAGCCUCGACAUGUUCGGCAGCUACCACCGCGGUGGCGACGGAGCCGACAGACCCGCGGGCUGCGAGGCGGAUGACGAACUGCAGAGGCUGGAGGCGGGCGUCUGCUGUACCGGCCCCGCCGGGGGCAUGCUGGAGUCCCUAGGGGCGAACGUGACGGCCGCGGCCUGGGUGGCCGAAGGGGGCGGGGAGCUGCUGGCGGUGGCCACCACGGCGGACCGACGCCUGCGGCUGCUGGACUCCGAGGGGCAAGUGCUCGCGUCCUUGGAGGGCUUGUCGUCACCUGUCCUGAGCCUCGACACGGCCCCAGGCGCCCCAGGGGGUGGCCACGACGUGCUGCUGGGCGGCAUGGGAGGCGAGGUGUGCGUGCUGCACUUACACAGGCGCCUCUCGGAUGGGUCGGAGGGAGGGUGGGUGCUCGAGCAGCGCCAGCGCUUCUGCGACCACACCAAGCACGUGAACGGGGUCCGUCUCGCGCCCGCCGAGCAGGCCGGUCAGAGCUGCACUCGCUUCCUCACGGUCUCCAAAGACCAUCAGGCCCGCUUGUACUCGCGCGGGCCUGGGGGCGAGUUCUCUAGCGCUGGCGACGCGCGCUUCGCGGGGGAGGUGACCUGCUGCUGCUGGGCCGACAGCCAGACCUUCGCGCUCGCGGCCCGGGACGACCACUAUCUGCACUACUGGGACGCGGGCAAGGACAAGCCAUCUGAGCGGCUCAAGACCAACCUUAACGCCCUGGGCGACAGCGUGGUCUCCUUUGCGGUGCUGGCGUUGGCAAUGUCGCCCGACGGUAAGCUGAUUGCCGCGUGCACCGACAAAUCCCGAGUCCUGGUACUCAGGGCCUUCACCAGCAAGCAGCUGCGGAAUCUUUAUGGGGCGGUUAUCGACGAAUACGACGUGCCGAGCGUGUGCUUUUCCCUGGACUCCGCCUUUUUGUAUGCCAGCUCCUCCCUGUCGGCCCCUAUCCGCAAGGCUCAGGAGCGCUAUGGGGAGGGCGGCGAUGCCCCCAUGCUGGGAGAGGUGGUAGUAUUCCAGUUGCGCACAGGAGAACCCGUGCUCAGGUUGCCGUGCCAUUCCAAGGCAGUUCGGUGCAUGAGUCGGCACCCGCUGGAGGAGGCGCUGGUCACGGGCUCCUUCGACAGGGGAGCAGCGCGCGAUGCCCACGCGCCCGCGGGGCUCAAGAGGUCCAUGAUGGAGGCUCUCCUCUUGCUUGCGGCCGUCGGCUUCUCGCCGCGGGCGGCCGCCUACAUGUCGACAGGCGCUUGCCGCGCCCCUGGACGCACUCAGGAGCGAGAGCCUCAACCUGCUCAGCACACCAGGCUCUACGUGUACAACCCUCUCUACCUGACGGGCAGCACCCGCGCGCAGGAGAUCACCUGCGAGCACUACAUGGGCGUGACCCUCUUCCCUGGGACGAGCCGCCGCCCGACACUGGACGGCCGCCACAGCCUCUCUCAGCACGACUACCACUGGGAGCUCUCCUUCGGCUGGACCAACAAGAGUUGCGGGGGGAGCAUCUUCCUACAUCAGCGGUUUCCGCAGGCACACCUACGUGGGAUCUACCCUCCGCCCGCGGCGCUCUCGGGCCGCUGCGGCGCGACAGUGCCGCUCCUCGGACGUGCUCCUCACGGUUCGGCACCUUUCCGUGCCAUCCGAGUCCUGCUCCAGCCGCAACUCAUACCGCCAGGUGACUCAGGCUAUGAUCUCGUGGGCACGCACCACGCUGGAGUCUGUGGGCAGUCGACGCGCGCCCUUCAGCGGGGCGGACCUCAGCUCGGCGACUCCGUGGACGAGACGUUUCUCGGCUCCCCGUCACUGCUCGAGCCCGACUUGUGGAGCGAGGUCGACAGCGCCGUGGGCCCCUUCCUGGGGCUGGAGGGCCUUUCUGGACGUCUUUGGCAACGGUUCCUCUCGGACCACGACGCCUUCUUUGUCAGCGGGGACACCUUCAUCGGGGCGCACGGACGGUCACGCAGGAUCGACUUCCUCCACGCCCCGUGCAAGUGCAAGGCCCCCAUGGGAGCAGGGCGCCGCCUCAACACAUUGUACGAUCGAGGCCACCGCUCUGUCUACGCGGGCGACAUCUUCGAGGCCCACGCGCAGCACACCUGGGACUACGACAUGAUCAUGCUUCGUCUGGAGGGCGCCCCGAAGCCGCGCGACCUGCAGCAGGUCGCAGCUCGGGAAGCGGGCAAUAUGUACGCAGAGGCGGCGCAGGUCCCCGAGGCGAAGCCCCAACUCACCACAUUUGUACAUCGCUCACGCCGAGUUCAAGUACCCGUCGGCCUCCGUGGAGCAGGAGGCCCCGCAGGGGCACGUGCUCCCGCGUACCUUCUACCAGCAGUUCGUUUGCAUGGGGACGGGCUCGGAGCUCUGCUCCACCUCAGGCUGCGCACGCGCCACAACGACCAGUACACCAGGAUGCAGUUCGCUAGCGCGGACCAGAUCACACUGAAGAGCGUCAACCCAGACGGCCCUCGGGAGACACGCCUCGACGUUCUGGGCGGCCGCCAGAAGAUGGGGACGGCGGCGGCCGCGACACCGCCCGGCGAGGUGGCGGAGUACCUCUGCACGCUGCAGCCGCUGGAGGGCUCGGCCCUCGCCGCCUCGCUGGCGGAGCUGAGGGCGAGGUGCCAGGAUGAGUUCCAGCCGGACGAGACGGGGCUGUACCCCCCGCACGUGUCGGUGACGGGCUUCUUCGAGGCCAACCAUUUGCAGAGGCCGCACCCGCUGGGAGGAUAG